CCUCCCCUUCGCUGCUUCUUUUCUCUCGGCCGAGCAGCGAGCGCUCCCUUCUCGCUUUCGCCCCCUGCCAGAAGCGGCGCCGGGGCAAAGGAUGGUGUUCCAUACGCCGCCGCUGCUGCCACUGCCGCCGCCUCCCCGCUGCAGCCACCCCGCAGCCAAGUGAACGCGAAGACUCCGCCGACUUGGAAAGAGGCACGCUAAGCAGGCGGCUGGCUGGAAGAGGCGGCGAGGGCGGGAAGACCCCCCUCUGGCUCGGUCUGGAAGCUCGGUGGGACGAGAAAGUCUGCGGGGUAAAAAAAGAAACGGCAGCCCCCGGGGUGGGGGGAAGAGACUUCGCCUGGCCCAGGGAUAAAAAGCAGCAUGACUAAGAACUGAUCAAGAAUCUCAAGAAUUUAUUCAUAACACUGAAGCAUAAAAGGCAGAAGGUUCUUUUAAAAAGUAAUUAAUUUUGCUGUGUAAAUAUGGCAGAUCCUUCAGCGGAAGUACCUUUUUUUAUGAUGACGCAGCCAGAAAUAAUUGAAUCUGCAGGCAUGAAUGAACCUCAGUGCUACUACAAUGAAACCAUUGCCUUCUUUUAUAACCAAAGUGGGAAAACACUAGCAACUGAAUGGAACACUGUGAGCAAGCUUGUAAUGGGACUUGGGAUUACAGUUUGUGUUUUUAUCAUGCUAGCCAACCUCUUGGUGAUGGUGGCCAUUUACGUCAACCGGCGUUUUCAUUUUCCUAUUUAUUACCUAAUGGCUAACUUAGCAGCUGCUGACUUCUUUGCAGGGCUGGCAUAUUUUUACCUGAUGUUCAACACAGGACCCAACACUAGAAGAUUGACUGUCAGCACGUGGCUCCUUCGUCAAGGACUCAUUGACACCAGCCUGACUGCUUCUGUUGCCAAUUUAUUGGCCAUUGCCAUUGAGAGGCACAUCACCGUGUUCCGUAUGCAGCUCCAUACGCGGAUGAGUAAUCGGCGAGUGGUGGUGGUAAUUGUGGUCAUCUGGACUGUGGCCAUUGUCAUGGGCGCUAUACCAAGCGUUGGUUGGAAUUGUAUCUGUGAUCUCGCUCACUGUUCUAACAUGGCACCACUCUAUAGUGACUCUUACUUGGUCUUCUGGGCUGUUUUCAACUUGGUCACCUUUGUAGUCAUGGUGGUCUUGUAUGCUCAUAUCUUUGGAUACGUGCGCCAGAGGACUAUGAGAAUGUCAAGACAUAGUUCAGGGCCUCGCAGGAACCGGGAUACCAUGAUGAGUCUUCUAAAGACUGUCGUCAUUGUGCUUGGUGCUUUUAUAAUCUGCUGGACUCCAGGAUUAGUUCUGCUUCUUCUUGAUGUUUGCUGCCCACAGUGCGAUGUUCUAGCGUAUGAAAAGUUCUUCUUGCUGCUCGCGGAAUUCAACUCUGCCAUGAACCCCAUCAUCUACUCUUACCGAGACAAAGAAAUGAGUGCCACCUUCAAGCAGAUUCUUUGCUGUCAGCGCAGUGAGAGCGCCAACGGACCCACCGAAGGCUCUGACCGCUCGGCCUCCUCACUGAAUCACACCAUUUUGGCUGGUGUGCACAGCAGUGAUCAUUCAGUGGUCUGAACAAAAUCCCACUAAGAUAAAUUUCGUGCUAGGUGAAUGCCUAGUUGUGAAGCUAUUGACAACAUUGUUGACAGCCUUUGAAGCAAGGAGAAUAACACGUUUUACAAGUUCUUCAUAUUCACUAAAGGAUUAUAGUGCUUAUUCACCAGUGCCCAGCCCACAAAAAUUCUCUAGGCUAGCAUUUUUUUUCCUUUUUCCUUUUUUUUUUAAAAAAAAGUAUAAG